CUAUCAUCGAGGAUUUUGCGCAGGCGCCCGAUUCCACGAUAAACCCUGGACAAACUGUACACAGGACAAGCUUCGUCACCAUUCCAAAGUCCCUUCUUUGUACUGCAGCUUGAGAAGCACUCCUCAAGACAUGCAGAAAGUUCGAUGGCGUGCGCCCUCGAUAUGUGCCCGAUGUCUCAGCAAGCAAAAGAGAUUCAAUUCCACUGCCACAGUUACUGCCACCCUCCCCGACCGCGAUAACACCUUUGAAUCCGCACACGUGCAGGACACGUCUACCCGACGACAUGAUUCUACCCUUCUGCGAGAGGUCUUCAAUAACAAGGCAUUAUCAUGGAGUGCUGGUGCAAAGAGCUCGGGACUGAUAGGGAACCGCCACCUGACCAGCCCACGAGGCUUCCAGAGGUUCGCCGAAGUAUCUGUUGCUCAAUGCAAAAGACUGGUCGAAAGAACUCUUGCUGCCUCCACCGUUGAGCAGUACCGUAGAAUUCCGCGAGAUCUGGAUAGACUGAGUGACUUGCUGUGUCGCGUCAUUGAUCUGUCCGAUUUCAUCAGAAGCAUCCAUCCUUCGGGCGAUGUGGCUUCCGCCGCAACUGCUUCCUACUCGCUAAUGUACCAGUACAUGAAUGAGCUCAAUACCACCACAGGCCUCAAUGAACAGCUUCGAACAGCAUGGAAUAUGCCCACGGUCCAGAGUCAUUGGACCGAAGAAGAGAAAAUGGUGGCCCAGCUGUUGAUGAAAGACUUUGCCAAAUCAGGCAUUGACCUUCCAGAGCGACAGAGGAAGGAGUUCGUCUCUCUAUCGAACGAGAUUGCUCAGGUAGGAACGGACUUUAUCAAUCAGAUGGAACAUGCCCGGGAAAAUGUGUCCUUCACGGCCUCUUCAUUGGCUGGUGUUGAUCCUACUCUAGUCCAGGGAUGGAAGAGGUGGGAGAGGGCGUCAAUUCCAAUCUACAGUCCUAUAUCCAAGAUGGUCAUGAGCUCCGCCACCGAUCCUGCCGUCAGAAGAGAGCUUUACAUUGCUGAAAGAACUGCAUCGAAGAAGACUAUAGGAAGGCUUGAGCGGUUACUUCUUCGCCGGGCUGAAUUAGCGCAGUUAACAGGACAUGACAGCUACGGCCAGAUGUCGCUUGCGGACAAAAUGUCCAAGACACCCGAAGCGGUGAUGAACUUCCUCGAGUCUUUGAACCAAAGCAACAAGCCGCAGGUUCAGAAGGAGCUGGCGCCUUUAAUGGAAAUCAAACGCCAACUCAUUCAAGGCGCCACAUCAGUAGAUGCAUGGGAUCAUACGUACCUCCUGAGUAAGCUUGCACAGCAGCAGGCCAGACUGGGCCCAAGAACAUCAAAAUCCCGGCUCCGAGAAAAUGUCAGCUCCUAUUUCGCAUUAGGUCAUGUCAUGCAAGGCUUGUCUGGUCUUUUUGAAUCCCUGUACGGUGUCCGCUUGGUUCCAAGAGAAGUUCAGCAGGGGGAAACUUGGCAUCCAGAAGUCCGCAGAUUGGAUGUGUACACGGAAAGCGACCAACAUAUAGCCACCAUGUACUGCGAUCUCUUCCUCCGUCCAGGAAAGCUCCCGAACCCGGCACAUUUCACACUCCUUUGCUCGAGAGAGAUCUCAGAGGAAGAGAUCCAAGAAUGUCGAGAGAAGAACGAGCCUAUCAACGAUGGAAUGCCAACCUUGAUGGAUUCUACAACACCAUCUGGCAAUGCGACAUGCCAUCAGACGCCCAUAAUCGCGCUGGUUUGUGGCUUCCAGGGGCCAGCCACUUCUUCCGGCCCUUCCUUGUUAUCACUACACAGUGUAACAACAUUAUUCCAUGAAAUGGGACACGCCAUCCACAGCAUUUUGGGACGCACAUCUCUGCAGGGCAUCUCUGGUACUCGGUGCGCUACAGAUUUUGCAGAGCUUCCUUCCGUGUUAAUGGAAUAUUUUGCGACCGAUGCCGCGGUGUUGAAGAGUUUCGCCCGUCACUGGAAAACAGACGCUGUGAUUCCAGACGAGAUGAUCAGCGCGCUGGCGCAAGAGAGAUUAACGCUGGCAGAAACAACCGGUGGUUGGAAUAACGAAGGCCAGAUCCUGAUGGCACUCCUGGAUCAGGUAUAUCACUCGACGGAUCCAGUCAAAGCUCUAGCCAGUGGCUCGUACAACUCGACAGAUGUCUACCAUGACGUCUGGAAGCGCUACGGAAGUGUCCAUGAACCACCGCAGACCUCUUGGCAAGGAUUCUUUGGACAUCUCUAUGGAUACGGCGCAACCUAUUACUCGUACUUGUUUGACCGAGCCAUUGCGCGACAGGUGUGGAGAGCUGUGUUUCGGGACGGAGAGAACGCUGGCGGCUUAGAUCGAGCUGCAGGAGAAAGAUUCAAACAGGAGGUUCUUAGAUGGGGUGGAGGACGGGACCCAUGGCUAUGCCUGGAAGGACUUAUGGGCCAGGGCCAGGGCAUUCUUGCUGAAGGUGGUGAUGCUGCGAUGCUAGAAGUUGGAAAAUGGGGCAUCGAUGCAUCUAGUGAAGGUGCCAUGUAAUGACCUGAAUACUGAUAAUCUCCCUCCUCUCGACGACGACUCAACAAUAAGUCCCUGUCGAAGCUAGUUGUACGUGUCAACAAUCAUACUGCGAUAAUGA